AUGAAGUACAUCCAAACUGAUCAAGUGUUAGACAUUCCUGAGGGCGUCACUGUUGCCAUCAAGGCCAGAAACAUCACCGUGACUGGUCCAAGAGGUACCUUGACCAAGGACUUGAAGCACAUUGAUGUCACCUUUGCCAAGAUCAACAACAGAGCCAUCAAGAUUACCGUCCACAACGGUGACAGAAAGCACGUUGCUGCUUUGAGAACUGUCAAGUCUUUGAUUGCCAACUUGAUCACUGGUGUCACCAAGGGUUACAAGUACAAGUUGAGAUAUGUCUAUGCGCAUUUCCCAAUUAACGUUAAUGUUGUUGAGAAGGAUGGUGACAAAUUCAUUGAGAUCAGAAACUUCUUGGGUGAAAAGAGAGUGAGACACGUCAAGAUCUUCGAUGGUGUUACUGUUGAACAAUCCACCACCCAAAAGGAUGAGUUGGUUGUUUCCGGUAACUCGUUGGAAGCUGUGUCUCAAAACGCUGCUGAUGUCCAACAAAUCUGCCGUGUCAGAAACAAGGAUAUCCGUAAGUUUUUGGAUGGUAUCUACGUUUCCGAGCGUGGUGUCAUUGACGAGGAGGCUUAA